AUGGCUCCAGCUUUGUUAGUUUCUGAGCCUCAAACAAAUGCAGAGCAGGAAUGGCAAAAAGACAAGCUGCAAUCCGGCGAUUUCAAAGAAGCAUUUCAACAAGGCGCAUCAACAACUGAUUACGAGGUCGAAUUGAAAGGAACUGGUCGAUUUGCGCCUGCCAAAUACCCUCACUAUCUACCUUAUUGGGACGCAACCAUCAAGUACCCUCCGCUCGAGCCUUUCGAACACACCGAGCACGGUCUUGAUGCGGACCCGUCCUUCUCAAACCUCCUCUCUGGAGGACAAUUCAAGGAUCUCACCGGGAAUAUCGGCGCCGAGGUCACUGGAAUUCAGCUAAGCAAGUUGAGCAACGCUGGAAAGGACGAGCUUGCUCGUUUUGUUGCCGAGAAGAAAGUCGUCGCUUUCCGCGCCCAAGACUUUGCAGACUUGCCGAUCCAGGAGGCGUUGGACUUCGCCGAGUAUUACGGUCCCAGCCAUAUACACCCGGCGUCUGGUGCACCGAAGGGCUUUCCUGGAGUGCAUCUAGUCCAUCGAUCAGCUUCCGACACGACUGUCUACGACUUCUUCCAAGAACGCACAAACAGUGUCACUUGGCAUUCAGAUGUGUCCUACGAGAUCCAACCGCCGGGCACCACCUUCUUAUAUGUGCUUGAUGGGCCGCUAGCAGGCGGUGAUACGCUCUUCGCAAACUUGGCUGUCGCAUACCAAAGACUCAGCCCUGCGUUCCGAGAGCGAUUGCACGGUCUACAAGCCGUCCACUCUGGGCACGAACAGGCCGAAGCUGCUCUCGCACGCGGCUCGAUCGUCCGUAGAGCUCCCGUCAGCAAUGUCCAUCCUCUCGUUCGAACACACCCAAUCACAGGCGAGAAGGCUCUAUAUGUCAACCCGCAGUUCACUCGAAGAAUUGUGGGAUUUAAGAAGGAGGAGAGUGACUAUCUGCUCAAGUUCUUGUACGAUCAUAUCGCCCUUGGAGCAGAUUUCCACGCUCGCGUGAAGUGGGAGCCUGGCACCGUGGUGGUCUGGGACAACCGCGUCACGAGCCACACUGCGAUUUUGGAUUGGAAGGACGGUUAUCGACGACAUCUGGCUCGACUGACGCCGCGUGCGGAGAAGCCGUACGAGACACCAUUCGAAGGUGCAAAGUAG